CGUGAAACAAUGAACAGUUAGUCUGUUUUGAUUUUCUAAGGUCAAUACAGAUGUAACUGUAAAUCCUAAAUCAUGUAGUGUUAAUGCGUUAACCUUACCUGCUAGCCACGAAAUUCAUCAGACCUACCUUUUUCUGAUUUCUGUAAUCAUAGUACAGUACUAAGUCACUGCGACUGCAUUUGAAUAUUACAGAUUUUUAGGGUUUCUUCCAAUUAAUUUGAUUCGAAGAAGAAGAAGAAGAAGCAGUCAAAUGGGUCGUUCUCGUGUUCAUUUUGAUGAAGAUUCAACUCAAAGAUCAAGAAGGAAAAAGAAUGCCUCUAGUGGGGAAAGCAUAGAAUCUGCUUUAGGAGGACAAGGGACAGGGGAUGGAAAGAAGGCUUUAUACCACUGUAACUACUGCAACAAAGAUAUCACCGGUCGAAUUCGUAUCAAGUGUGCUAUGUGUCCUGACUUUGAUCUGUGCAUAGAAUGUUUUUCUGUUGGAGUUGAUAUGAAACCUCACAAAAGCGAUCAUGAUUACAGAGUUAUGGAUAGUUUGUCGUUUCCGCUGAUUUCUUCUGAUUGGAAUGCGGAUGAAGAGAUACUACUCUUGGAGGGACUUGAAAUGUAUGGUUUAGGAAACUGGGCAGAGGUUGCAGAGCAUGUGGGCACUAAGAACAAAGAGCAGUGCAUUAAUCACUAUACAAAUGUAUACUUGAAUUCACCAAAUUUCCCUUGCCCGGACAUGUCUCAUGUUGAUGGGAAAAAUCGAAAUGAGCUUCUUGCUAUGGCAAAGGAAAAUAGUGAAGAUAGAAGAGGAUCCACUCCUUUUGGUGAUCACAUUGUGAAAGCAGAGCCAACGUUUUCUCCUACCAGAGUCAAAAUUGAUGAAUUGCCAAAGAAAGGUCUAUCAGGCCGAUUAUUAUCUGUGCAAAAUGCUGAUUCUCAUGUAAACCCAAUUGGGAAGAAACCUCCAAAGGAAGAAGAUUCCUCCUUGGUGAGUUUAAGCGGAUUCAACCCGAAGCGCCGUGAAUUUGACACGGAAUAUGAUAUAGAUGCUGAGCAGUUGCUUGCGGAGAUGGAAUUCAAGGAUGCAGAUACUGAAGAAGAGCGCGAGCUUAAGUUGAAGGUGUUGCAUAUUUACUCAAAAAGGCUUGAUGAGAGAAACAGAAGGAAGGAAUUCAUACUUGAGAGAAAUUUGCUUUAUCCCAGUUCUUUUGAGAAGGACUUGACCCCUGAAGAAAAGGCAAUAUGUCGUCGAUAUGAUCCUUUCAUGCGGUUCCAUUCAAAGGAAGACCAUGAAGAUAUGCUACAGGCUAUAAUUGCAGAACAUCGCACUCGCAAACGAAUUCUGGAACUUGAGGAAGCUCGUGCUGCUGGUUGCCGUACAUCUGCUGAGGCAGAUAAAUCUUUUGAGGUGAAAAGGCGAAGAGAAGCUGAAGAAAGUGCUUGUAGAGCUAAUCAAUUUAGUCAACAUAUGUCCAUGGCUUUCGAAACUGGGAGUGAAUCAUCGUCAUUGAUAUCGGGGCAGAGUACUUUCACCUCUGCUGAUGAUUUCGAUAUAGGGAGAUAUCCGGGCGAAGAAUUGCUUUCUCAAGCUGAGAAACAGCUCUGCCAUGAGAUCAAGAUACCCCCAGAUCUGUAUCUGAAGAUGCAGGAAACGUUAUCAGUUAAAAUCUUCAGCGGGGAUAUGACUUGUAAUGUGGAUGCUUACUGCCUGUUUGAUAUCGAGCCCGUGAAAAUCGAUCGUAUAUAUGAUAUGCUUAUUAGAAAGGGCAUUGCUCCUCCCGGAGGGCGAGAUAGGUCAUAGUCUCGUAGUCUUGUCUUGCUCGAUUUUUCGGAUUGCAAAUACAAUCUCUUCAUGUUUUGAACUAUCACAGAUGGGAUUCUACUUGUAGACAAGGGGGGUACAAAAAUUGUGUUAAGCAGAUCCCAGGAGAUGUGGCAUCUUAAUUGCAAAUAAAUUUUAGGAAAAAUUGUCAAUAAUAAA